AUGGCUGCCUGGGAUUCCUGCUGCUCCCACCCCAGAGGGAAAGGGGGCUGGUGUCGGGGAUGUUUCCUUCACUCCAUCUUCUCCACCACAGCUCCGGACUAUGACAGAAGCCAGUGGCUGAGUGAGAAAUUCAAGCUGGGCCUGGACUUCCCCAAUCUGCCCUACUUAAUUGACGGGGCCCACAAGCUCACCCAGAGCAACGCCAUCCUUCGCUACAUUGCUCGAAAGCACAACCUCUGUGGGGAGACAGAACAGGAGAAGAUUUAUGUGGACAUUUUGGAGAACGAGAUUAUGGACCUCCGAAUGUACAACAUUAGGACCAGCUACAGCCCUGACUUUGAGAAACAGAAAGUUGAGUUUUUGAAGGUGGUCCCUGAAAAGAUGAAGCUCUUCUCACAGUUUCUGGGCAAGAGGUCUUGGUUUGCAGGGGACAAGCUCACCUACGUGGAUUUCCUGGCUUAUGACUUACUGGAUGUGCUGCGAAUGUUUGAGCCCAAGUGCCUGGAUGCGUUCCCGAACCUGAAGGACUUCAUGGCCCGCUUUGAGGGCCUGAAGAAGAUCUCCGCCUACAUGAAGUCCAGCCGCUUCCGCCGAACACCCGUGUACUCCAAGGCCGCCAUGUGGGGCAACAAGUAGGGCCCAUCUCUUCAUGUUCCGUGUGCCUCAGCCUGGGGUCUCUACAGAAGAGGGUGCUCCUGUGCCCGCGCCUCUCCUUCAUUUCAGCAUUUGUGGAAUGCCUCCUGUAUGCUCGUAGUCCUCUGUGUCACUGUGCAAGAGGCUCUUGGGGUGGGGAAGGGGGUUGAGCCGUCCGCUGCUGGUGUGGGAUCCUAGUGGCCUGCCUUCUGUCACCUUUCCUGGAAGUAUUCCCUGCCGCAGGCCCCCUUCUCCUGUGCUCUUACAACAUAUCUCAAUAAAAUGCAUCCCGCUGUGCUA